AUGGCAAAAGGUGGUGACGUAAAGCCGGAGAAGAUCACGUUUGGUGGGCAGGGAAAAGAACCUGGAAAAUUCCGGAUAAAAGGCUACGGAUUCGGAGUUGCCGUGUCUGCUGACAAUGAGAUAUUUGUGACUGAUCGUGACAACAAACGAGUCCAGGUCUUCAGCAUGAAUGGGACCUACCUCCGCCUCUUUCCAACCGUUGUGCCGGGUGAAAGUAUGGCGAUGUUUCCUUUUAGUGUUACUUUGGACGUGGGGCCUGGCUACCUGUGGGUACUGGGGAGGGGGCAUUACGAAAAAUGGUGGUCCAAAGUUGGCUAUGAAGGACAUGUUGUACAGUACAGUAAGAACGGACAGCCCAUUAAAAAGUUUGACGUAAGCCUCUGGUCUGUCUUCCAUCACGUCAUUGCGAUGGACGUGCGCAACAAUAAAGUUAUCGUGGGAGACGGAUCUAGAAUUACUAUGUUUGAUCCAAACGGUUCGAGUUCAAAAGUGCGUACGGAUCACGGGAUCGGAGGAGUCAUUUCGGAUAAGGAGGGAAAUAUCCUGCUGACGAAUGGGGAUGAAACCGUCCUGAAGUACACUCAAUCCGGAGUAAAGAUAUUUCAAUUUGGCACAUAUGGAAAGGCUAAGGGCCAACUGGAUUCUCCUCAAGGUAUUUGUCUGGACUCCUCUGGUCACAUCAUCGUGGCAAAUCGUGAAAACCACCGGGUAGACAUGUUCACAUCCACUGGCGAGUUUGUCCGCACUAUCGUGGAAAUUAAAGGCCCGUGGGGUGUCGCUAUGGGACCAUGUAGAGAGUUGGUGGUGACUAGCUCAUAUACCGAAACUGUAACUAUCAUUCCUCGCCACAUGGUGCAUCCUUAA